AAAUCGUCUUUGAUAAUAACAGUUAACAUUAUUAUUAUUCUUUAUUUCGGUCGUUUAUACAUGUAUAAAUACAAGUUCGCAAACCUCAAGAUGCCGCAGACGUUAUCGGUCGCUGAUGUGGAGAGGAUGACGUCGACGCCUUGUGAUGGUGCUCACAACUUCAAGCGUAACUCCCGAGAAAGAAAACGGGUACAGAAUAUCAACGUGUUCAUCCGAGAACUGAAAAGCAAGCUGCCGGUUGAAUGGACGAGUAAGAAAAUGGGCAAGCUAGAAAUUCUACAGAAGUCAACUUUGUAUAUAAAACAUCUCAUGGAUGUGUUAAAAGAGGAUGGCCCGGUGGAUUCCGAUCUGAAAGACAUUGUCAUGGCUGCAAAAGCAUCUCCCCAGUGUGCCCCUCGAGAACCGCUACCGACGAAUCGGGACUGUGAAAAGGAAGCUCCAUACCCCCUACCAACCCCUGCUGCUGCGGUACUGGACUAUAAGACAGCGCCAGAGUGUAGUUUUGUCGACGACAAGGAAAGUUUGUGCACGCAGCAGGAACUAUACCAAAUUUUCGCCCAUAUGUGAAAGGGGGUUCUGUACCUUGUAAAUGUGAUAAUUUCAAAAACGAAUCAGCACGUCGAGCUUUAAUAGUUUUAUAACAGUGCUCUUCGGCUUGUUUGUUUCCGGGAACCGUCCAAAAUUACAUAGCAGUACCUAUUGGUUUACGAGCUGAAUAGACAAUAAAAAUAUAGAGUGGACGCUAUAUUUUACAAUGUAUGUUGAACGAGGCAUUUGAAUGUUAAUGAAUAAAUGGGAUGUAUUUUACAUUGUGGGACAAAUAUUUAUUUAGAUUUGAUGUAUAUUGUGUAUAAACAUUGCAGAAAAAAAUUACAUAUGUUUCUUAAAGAUGUAGAAUGAUUGUGAAUAAUUCAUAAUCUAUAGAUGAUAAAGUCAUGUAUACUUGUUUAUUAAUAGAUACUUUCGAGAUAGUACGAAGUAUUGGUGGAAAAGGAGUAAAUGGUUUAAAAUCAAACAUUUAAAAUACUUGAAAUGAAACUUUGAACAAUUUGAAAAAUCAAAAUUUUCCUACAAAGACCUUUCAUUGUACUUUGCAACUGUUGAGAGUAUUAUGAACGCUCAGAUCUACCUUAAAAUUGGAAUAUGAUAUUUUGGGUCAUAAACUAUAAUUUACUGAAAAAACCCUAAAUGUGUUAUCUUUUAAAUUCAAACAUUUUCUUAUAUACAAUGUACUUAUAAAUAGCUCUUCAUUAUAGGUGAAUCAUAUAUAUUAGUCUAAAAAUGUAAGCAAGUAAGUAAUUUUUUAUUUAAAUAGUGACAUUGUGCAUGACAUUUAUAUUAUACAAUGUGUAUGCCAAAUAAUCGUAAUUUGCACCCGGUCCCUUUGACCUAUGUCACUUUAUACAAUUGUAACAUUAUACAUGCAUGAUUUCAAAUUUAUAUUAUAUAUAUUAACUUUUGGACAUUGAUAAAUUACAUUUCUGGUGUACAAUAUUUUAACACAUUUACUUUUGAAUAUUAUUUUUCCUGAGCUGUUAUGCAGAGUUUAUAAAUCUAGCAGUUAGUAAUAGGUAAUUGUUGAUCAAUGAAACAAAUAAAUUUUGACAAAUUCUUCGAAAUUCACAAUAAAGAAAUAUUUCUGUCGUAUAUUUUUAUGCAAAGUGUAAAAAUGACCAAAAACAAUGCAUCC